CUUCGCGGUCAGCGCGAAAGAGGUGAAUGCAGUUGGCCAUCAUUUUGCAAUCUGUUCAGACGCCAUUCAGAUGCGUUCGACGCGAGUCCGAUCCGACGCAGUCGCGCAAUUUAUCUGCGGAGCUACGUAUCGUAUUUUAUCGUCUACCACAAUGUCGAUGUGCGCAGGGUGAUGCUGUCGAUCGUGACAACGUCUUAACGAGACGUGACAGACUACCUCGAAAAAGAAGAGAAAGGGGACCUUCUCACUCGCCUCGGCAAGAUGGUACAAGUGUUUCCUUGAUUCAUCAUCAUGCAAAUGUUGUUAAUUAUUAUGAUGCAACAAUCAACAACAACAGUGAUAAUAUAAGUCCUCUGGAAAAAUUUUAUCUAAUCACUGAACAAAAGUGGCAUAAGGAUACAUUAGUGCCAAUCUCCUUAUUGCCCUCUACGAAGGGAAUGCCUACAAGAUCCCAUCACAGAAUCUGGCAGUCCGUGACAGGACUGGAUGAUGCUGGAAUGGAUCUCCAAGUGGCCCAACUCAACAGUCAGACAGACAAGGAAGUACAUUCCAGGACGACUCUAUCAUGGCUAGAUUGGCAUUUGCCUUACUUUGUAGCGCUUUGUGCAAUCGCUGGCACUAUUCUUUUUACAUUCCUAAUCUUGUUAUGGCUACGAAAACAAAUGUCGCGUGAAAAAGAUAACGAAAAUGGCGAUCGGCACGGUCUGGUCGAGGAAGGUGCCAUUUGUCAGCCAUCAGACAAGUCAACUAAAGACGCAAAAGAAUCCAUGGAGGCUAAGUGGGUUCAUGAAGCAUUCGCGAAGCAAUCUGCACCCAAGUAUCCGGUUCGACCAAUUCCUCAAACCUCUUUACCCGAGUCUUUGGCAACCCCCGAACGUAAACCGGAAGCGAUACGUAUAAAAGCAAAGGGAUUGUUGGAAAGACGUGGCUCGAGUACAAGUUUAACCAUAGAAUUGGCACCAGCUCCCGAAAGUCCGCCACAUAUGGUCACUCCAACCCGAGAAUGUACAACGGAAGAGUUUUUGCUAAGUGCAGGAAAUGUAUUGUCGAGAGCACAAUUAAAAAGAGUUGCUGAAAGUACGGGAACGUUACACAAAGAAUUUUGGGAGGUGCCACUUAAUCUGCCGGAAAAGGUGGACAUUUGUGGCUCGGGAGUGAAGAAUCGAUACAGCUCUGUUUUGCCCAAUCUACAAACCAGAGUAGUUCUGCCAAGUUCCUCCGAUGAUCCGCUCACCGGCUAUAUAAACGCUAACUACAUCCGAGGAUACGACAGCGAAAAUGGUAGAUACAUCGCGACACAGGGACCAUUAGCUAACACGAUAGUAGACUUCUGGAAGAUGAUUUGGGCAGAAAAAGUUCCUGCAGUCGUCAUGAUAACUAGAUUGUACGAAGCGUCCAAACCAAAGUGCGAAGCAUAUUUUCCCUAUGACAUAGAUGAUCGCAUACAAGUUGAAGCUUUCACAAUUAUCGUUAACUAUGUCGAUAUGAGAAACGGAUAUACCGUCAGAACUAUGGAGAUUCGACACGAAGGAGAAAGAAGACAUCUGCAGCAUUAUUGGUAUGAUUCAUGGCCGGACCAUGCCGUACCUCAAACUGCAGAUGCGCUCGUUAGUAUGGCCGCAGAGGUAAACACUUUACCAGGACCAGUGGUCGUCCACUGCAGUGCAGGUAUAGGACGAACUGGCUGUUUCAUAGCAAUAGGGAUAGGAAUGAAUCAACUUAUAAAAGAUGGAAAUGUCGAUGUACUCGGUAUUUUGUGUCAGAUGAGAUACGACAGGGGAGGGAUGGUGCAAACGGCUGAACAAUAUGAAUUUAUUCAUAGAGCACUUUAUCUUUUUGAACAGACACUAGACAGCAAACCGUCGACUUCGAGCGAUUGAAUGGAUGUACUACAAUAGGAAUUUCCUUCGCUUAUUUUUUCGUGAAAUGGGACUUUAUUAUUGCCUAAGAGAAUGUCACUUCGCAGGACUAUAUGCUUACCGCAGAAAAAAAAAACAUUUUUAACGAAUCUCAAUGUUAGCCUGUGAACCGAUGCUCUCUCAUCUUUAUCUCAAUAUUCAAACGAGUUAAAGCUCGUUUAAUAAGCUGCCAUUUUCUACUGCCAUGACAAAUCGUUGACAAUUGAUAUCAAUCACAGAGCUCAAGAGGUUAAAAAAAGGGUUCACUGUCGGAGUGCAUUUUCUAAGCAGGUGCUUUUUAAAACUAAAGUAUCAUAAAUAGCUUAAUGAAAAGAGUAUUUAUGUUUAUAAUAACGCACGGUAUAAAUCGUGCGGCACAUACGCUUAAAAAUCAAGGUUAUAUUAUUUUAUAUAAGUUACGAAUUAGAAAUAAUCUCUAAAUAUGACGAUAAUGUAUUCGCAAUUCGUAUCAUAAAAUUUAUAUCUAAAGAUCACUAAAUUUGGGAUUUAAUUAUUCUCAAAUUUUUCGUGUGUUAGAAAAUAGUUAAUAAGUUCCAAUAAUAUAUACAAAAAUGUAUAGAAACAGUUUUGCGACUGUACUAAUAUAACUCAUACACACACAAUAUAAUAUAUAUUCUUCGCUACUACGAUAUUCACGCAUCACGAUGGAGUAGAUACAUGACAAAAUUAUUCCAACGUGUAAGAGCUAAAAUUAAUCGUAAUUAUUUUAAUGUACAUAAUGUUAAGCGUGAGCUAAAUAUGAAAUUGUAUAUACGUGUGUGUAUGUGUGUAUACAUAUAUACACACAUACACACACACAUAUACAGGGAUACAAGAUAAGGUAAUAACUAUUAUUUUCGAAGAUAUUCAAGGUGAUAAUAGUCAUUGUCUUAUCCUGUGUACAAUACAUACGUACAAUCUUACGUACACAUACAUAUACACAUACACGGAUACACGUGAAUAAUUGUUAAAACAAUUACUAAUUUAUGGGACCCAAAUUAACUAAAUACUGUAUAUUUUUAGUUCCUAUUUGAUUUUAAAGUAUCUCUUAUGAUUUUUGCUUUUAUUUAGCUGACUAAGACUGAACACGGAUAGUACAAUGUGAUUUAAAAAGAAAAGAGAAAGAGACAAUGGCUUGAUAAAAAUGUUGAAUAAGAGUCAAUUUGAUAGACAAAUACGAGCCGAAUGUUACGUUGUUACAGCGAAUAUUCAGUAUUCAAGCAACAGUUCAAUUCAUUCGUAUGCAAUUGCGUUGAAAAAUGUUGCUAAGAGAAAUAUAAAGUAUAUUCGUUCACUCUACAAUUUUACUCGUUUAUUUAUCAAAUUGAGACUGAUUUAAUAUAAUAAUUAUUUAUAUUAUAACUUUUAACUUUAUAAGAAAUAACAAAUCUGUAGCAGUUAGAAGUAAAUUCGUAUUUAUUCUAAAAAAAAGUAUCUUAUAAAGAAGAUAAUUUAUAAUAUAAUUCUCAUGUCGUGUUUUGUAUAAAAAUAGAUCUGUUUUAUUUAUCCAAAUGAUAAACUAAUGAUAUGAAGAAAGAAUUUAAAUAUAUAAUAUCAGUUAAUAGUUACAUUCGGAAAUGUAAAUUUAACUUUGGAAAUGUUUUCACGUAAUAAUCUUAAAUUAAAAUUAAUAUUCAAUCGAUAAUACAGUUUUUCAAGUUUAAUACACGAGUAGGUUAGUAUGAGAAAUUUAAGUCAACUUAAAUUUUAAUUAUUAUCGCAAAUUUUCAUGACAAUAAACUAUUAUUACAACGUUAAAGUUUUGUUAAUUGAUUAAAUACAAAGGAUCUUUUUUGGCUGCUAAUAUUUUUUAGACUAUUUAAUAAAUAAUAUAGUAAUAUUCGAUAUACAUACUAAAUAAAAUUCUCGAUAGAAUCAGCCCGAAUAGUAUCGAAAUUCAUAGCGUAUACAUGUAUUACGUGUAUUUUGAGGUGUUAGUGGUUAACUCGUUUUGCAUGGUCCAAUUCGAUCAUCUCAAUUUAGUCUGAAUAAAUGAAAAUCUAACAGAUAAACAAUACGAAAUGUAUCUGACUUUUGCGUGCACACAAACACGUAGAGCAGUUUCGUACGUGCUAGUAAAGAAAAUAAAAUUCUUCGAUAUAUACGCAUAAUUAUCGCUUAUUGCUUAUUAUUCGUUGUUAUUGAUUUAAUACCUCGAAAAACAUAUGUAUAUUUAUGUAUACGCGCGUAUGGAGUAUAUAAGUAUAUAUGUGUGUGCAUACUAGUGUACAUAGAUUGUACAGAGAGAAUGAGAGAGAGAGAGAGAGAGAGAGAGAGAGGGAAGAGAAUUAUGUUUUUGAGAGAGUAUGUAUUUGUUUAAGGGAGACAAAGUAUAUAUUAUUUAUAAGCGCGUAAAGUCGCAAGUGACUUGGUAUAAGUGUAUUAAUAGGCAAUGAUAAUAAACGAUAACAAUAAUACUGUAACAAUGAUAACUGAUAAAAAUAAUAACAAUAAUUAGCAACCCCUCGGUGUUCAAUUGUACUUAUAUGUAAUAAAUGUUUAUAGUGUCCACACAUA